GUGUGUGUGUGUGUGUGUGUGUGUGUGUGAUGCGGUGCUGACGUCUUCCUCCGAGCAUGACGCAGCGCCACCGGCAAGUCGCCAUUACGUAUUACGUGACAACGGGACGCGGUUACUUGCUGGAUUGUGACCACCAUGAAGGACAAGCGCAGUCUUGGAGCGAGACGACGGAGUGGACCCACCGCUUCUUGUAAGUACUUUUGACAUUUGACUGUACUGUUGAUUGCUAAAAGUUGCAUUUUAGUUGGGGUCGUUGCCUGGUGUUAGCACAGGUCGGUCGUCGUUGACUUAACGCUCUGAAGAGCGUUGCAAGAAUUGACUGUAUAAAAUACAACGGGCCUGUAAAUAACACAGUUGUGCUGAGAAGUUUGCAUGCGCUGGCAGAAUUUGUGAAAAAGAUUUAAUAAUAUAUAAUUUUUUUGUUUUUGUUUCUUGGCUUUCGAAACAAUCUCAAUAUUUUUAUGUCUAAACUACCAAAAAGGGCUUCUUUAAAACGUGCAAUAAAUCUGAUGUUUGUGUGGAUUUGCAAAGUAUAACAAUGUGGUUGUCAUAGUAACUACAGGCAAAUAUCAGACUAGCUCGGUGCGGUUGUAGUCCCACAGACUGCAAACGGCAACUAUAACAAGAAGCUUCGUGUCUUAAUUUCCGAUGCAUUCCGCUCGAAGCUCAUGCAUGUAAACAAGAAAUAAAAUGACAAUGUUGUAUUGUGCCUAGGAGGUGAACAGCACCCCCAGUGGCACCGAAGGGCAUGGCAGCCUCCCUCCCCCAGGCGGCGGUGACCCUCCUGUGGUUGGCGGCGGCGGGGAUGCCCGACCCGAGCCAGCGGGACGUGCUGAUGCGCCAGGAGGCGUCGCGGCGGACGGGCGGCGGCGUGGCGCUCACGGCGGCCGAGCGGCGCUUGGACGGCGAGCUUCGCCGGAUGAAGGAGCGCGAGAUGGCGGCCGACCCCUUCCCGCCCGCCGUCCACUUCUUCAAGGCCAAGGGCCUCAUACGCGACAGUCCCGUCUUCAAGCUGCUGCAGGACAUGCCCAAAGGCGGCGCCCUGCACGUUCACAGCUCGUCGCUGGUGAGCGCCGAGUGGCUGGUGAAGAACGCCACGUACCGGCCGCACUGCUACGUCUGCUUCACGUGGGACAACUCGGCGCGCUUCGUCUUCUCUCGCCGCCGGCCGUACCCGCGCUGGGACUGCUUCUACUGGCAGCUUGUCAGCGCCCUGCGAGCCAAGGCGGGCGACGCGGCCGCCUUCGACGCCAGCUUGAUGAAGCAUCUCACGCUGGUCACCGACGACCCGGACGGCGAGUACCCGGACCAGGACGCCGUGUGGGACAAGUUCGAGAGAGCCUUCAUUGCCGGCGCCGGGCUGGUGAGCCACGCCCCCGUCCUGAGGGAUUACCUCCUGCGGGGCCUGCACGAGCUCCACCGAGACAACGUCAUGUAUCUGGAGCUGCGCAGCGGCCUGUCCAGGACGUACGAGCUGGACGGAACCAUCCACGACAAGAUCUGGACGCUGAGGACUUUCCAAGACGUCAUCGGGAAGUUUGUGGCCGAGCAUCCGGACUUCCUGGGCGCUCGCCUCAUCAUAGCCGUGCACAGGGCAUUGAGUGCGUCCGAGGUGAAGGCGGCCGUCAAGGAGGCCACGGAGCUGCGGAGGGACUUCCCCGAUGUGGUGGCGGGAUUCGACCUGGUACCGAUUCGCGUCUUACGCGGUACUACCGACACGGCGCGACGGUUACACAACGGGUACCGGAUUUCUUGUAUUGCAGGUGGGCAGGGAGGACGGCGGCAGGCCGCUUUGGUACUUCCGGGACGCUCUGUCGCUCCCGGCCCAGAUGGGCGUCACGCUGCCUUACUUCUUUCACGCGGGAGAAACCGACGAGGAGGGGACGGAGACGGAUCAGAACGUUCUGGACGCCCUGCUGUUCAACAGCAGCCGCAUCGGGCACGGCUACGCCCUGGCGCGCCACCCGCUCGCCAAGGAGAUGUCCCGGGUGAGGCAGGUGGCGGUGGAGGUGUGCCCCAUCUCAAACCAGGUACUGAAGUUGGUCUCCGACCUGCGCAACCACCCGGCGGCGGUGCUGAUGGCGGAGGGCCACCCGCUGGUGAUCAGCUCGGACGACCCGUCCAUGUUCGGCACGGCGGGCCUGUCCUACGACUUCUACCAGGCCUUCGUGGGCAUCGGCGGCCUGAAGGCCAACGUGGGCACGCUGAAGGAGCUGGCGCUCAACUCCAUCAGGUACAGCUCUCUGCCGCCGACGCUCAAGGACUCGGCGCAGGCCGCGUGGCGGAGGAAAUGGGACGCCUUCGUUUCGGCUCACGCUUGAGAGCCCGACGGAAACCUUUUCACAACGCUCGAUGGAACUUACUGAGCAGAGUCGGGCCCGAACGAUAAAAUAGCCCCCCCUUCUACCCACCAACCAAGCAUCCAUUUGACACUGUUUCAUAUUUUCAUGCAGCUUUAUGCGAGGCCUGAAUAAUUUGAGUAAGAAUGUGGCAAUCACAAGGUAAAGCGUAAUACAUACUAUGACCAACCGAGGGCGACAUUUAUCCUCGUUGCACUUGAGCCUCUUUGCCGUUUUAGGUCUCUUAGUUGUGGCGGCUCCGAAGGUUUUAAUUGGAACAUAAAGUUCCAAUAUAUUAUAUUUGAAUAUGAAUGCAUGGAGGUGGUUUUGAAGAGGUGUUUGUUGUUUU